AUGGAGCCUGAAUCUGAUUACGGGCUUGCUGUGGAGGAAGAGAAACGUGUCAUCGGAGUAACAACCAAGGUGGACAAUAUAAAGAAAGAAGAUGAAGAAAUUCAGACCAUUUCUGCUGCAAAUAAAAAUUCAAAAGGUGUCACUAAGGAAACUGGUGGGAGAGCAAGUGUUGCUUCCAAGANCAACAAAUAUGCCAAAGAUCAUUUGAAGGGUCUGAGUUCAAUACCUCAAAAACAAAGGCCUUCACUUUCCCAAAGCAUUUCUUUCCCAGCCAGAUCAUCUCGGGAAGAUGGUAUGCACAAAAACAUUGAUGGCUAUAUUCUGAAGACAAACGUUCGUCAUUUAAACAACUCCACAAACUCACUGGCUUUGAAACGCUCUGCGUUUGGAAGGACUACUAGAGUUACUCCAGCCACAAAGAGCCAAGUUUCUGAGACAUCUUUGUAAGUAGCAACCAAUCUCAAUAUUUACUAAAUCCUUCUAUACAUUUUUGUUUCAGUCUUAAGGUUUAUAUUUUGCAAUCAAUAAUUUUCAGUUUGAGGUAACUCAAUUCUUGUGCAUGUGUUUUGGAAAAUUUAUGUUCAGAAGAUUGCUNAAUGGAAUCGUGAAAUUAUCACGUUAUGGNUUUUACAUUAUUGCANACUUGUUGAUCAUGUGUCAAACAGGGCAAAGUCUGGAAAACCAAAUAAAGAUGAUGAUGAUUGCCAUUCCGCAACUUCGUAUGAUUUAUAACCUUUAACUCUAAGGACAUGCUGUCAUCCUUUCUCUUCUAUUUCUUACAGGAUUUGAGAUCUCUCAAUUCUAAACUGGCUUCCUUUUUUCUUCUACUUUAGCUAAAAUGUUGUGAAAACUUUGUAUACAUGUGUUGGCAGAAGUGCUACUCCUCGUCUAAGAAGCCGUGGAGUUGGAUUUUCCUUUCGAUUGGAAGAAAGAGCUGAAAAGCGAAAGGAGGUAGUUUUGCUUAAACCUUGCACCCUGUUGAUAUUAUAUUAGCAACGCCAGAACUAGAUGUUCAUCCUAAUUUAUGCCUUUGUACUCAGUUUUUCUCAAAGCCCGUAUAGAGGAGC